CACCGUGGUUCUCUCUUCGCAGAUCUGAAGCCGAAAGCGGAGAAUUGAAAGUGGGGGCUUAGGGGGUGGGGCUAAGAAAAUACUGCAUAAUUAAAUUUACACACACACACACGCACCAAAAUCCGAAGAGGAGGCGAAUUCUUUCGAAACCGGUUUAAGAUCUGGGAGGAUUCCAAACUGAGCACCGCCAUCCCUUCCCUUGGGGGCUGCUCGUUCAUUCAUUCAUUCCCGACCAAGCCCAAGGCAAAGCGCUUUGCAACCAACCCCACAACCUGGGGUUGUGCCCUUUGGCGCCCCCCCCCCCCCUCGCCUCUCCAGACACUCUGGGGCCAGCCAUAACUUAAACCUCUCCGAGGCAGCAGGAGGGACUGAUCCGGGUCGUCUCUUCCCAGAGGCACACCUGCCCGCAAAGGGUUAAUCGGCUGACUCCCGCUUUUUCCCCCUUUUGCUUUGCUAGACCGUGGAGUUUCGAGGAAGGCGCUGCGCAAGGCGUUGCAGCCCCCCGCUUGCAAUCCAUCAGCUCCUACUUUGGGAAGAUGGAAACCUCGGGGUCUGCAGGCCGGGGGUUUCACUGAACCAGCCCUGCGCCGCCCGGGAUCUUUAGCUGGGGGAGAGGGUUGAUCCCCCCCCCCCCCCACCCCGCGCACUCCCACCCAGCAGAGGCUUUGGAAAUCACCUCCCCUCGGGGCGCAUCUGGGUUGAAUGACCGACUGGACAGAGACUCAGGAAGAGAGGUGCCUUUGCUCGCCGCCUCCGGGAGAGAAACGUACAGUCGGGGGGAAGAGGGUGAUGAUGCGGAGGAUCGGGGCGCCCGCCAGCUAUGGAACAAAGCCAGCCCUUGGCGGUGAUCCUUAAAUCAGUACAAUGCAGGAAUCCAGCGGCUUCCCUCUCCACCUUCCUGACCCAGUGGGGUUUGGGUGAGAUCCAAAGGAAGAAGAGCCGCGGCGGUCUCAUCAGAUUCCACAAAUCUAGCUUCAAGCUGAAAUGAAUGCCUUGCAGACUGACGAAAACUGAGUGUGUUCUUGCCACCCAGGCCACAGGCCAAAGAAUCUGGCCAUUCUGUCUUCAGUCAGCAUUUGGUCCCUUACCUGGACUAUUAGCCAACUGCAGAAAACUCAAGUGUGCUCGUCAUUUGGCUUACAUGGAGAGAGACAGCAGAGUGUGCAAGCCUGGCUAAAAAUACAGCACAUUUUCCAGCCAGAGUAGGAGGCACUCAAAUUUUACAGUUAGCCUCUAGAAUUUCACUUCUUACUCGCACACAGGACGCAAAUACAAAACCUAUUUGCCUUUUUUAUUUUAUUUUUUGCUAGUAUUUUAUUUUCCUUUUUUUAUAUUUUUGUGGUUUUUUUGAGUUAGAAAUGGGCCAGUGGACUAGAAUGUGGUCCAUGGACAGGACUGCUUUUUUGAAGUCGUGGCUUGUGUUUUCCCUGGGGCUCUACAUGCAGUUUUCCAAAGCUCUGGCCUGUCCAAGUGUGUGCCGCUGUGACCGAAACUUUGUCUAUUGUAACGAACGAAGCUUGACCUCAGUGCCUCUUGGAAUACCGGAGGGUGUAACUGUACUCUACCUCCACAAUAACCAAAUUAAUAAUGCUGGAUUUCCUGCAGAGCUGCACAAUGUCCAGUCUGUGCACACUGUCUACCUGUAUGGCAACCAGUUGGAUGAGUUCCCUAUGAAUCUACCGAAGAAUGUUAGGGUUCUCCACCUGCAGGAGAACAACAUCCAGACUAUUUCUCGGGCUGCUCUGGCACAGCUGUUGAAACUGGAAGAGUUGCACCUGGAUGACAACUCCAUCUCUACUGUCGGGGUUGAGGAUGGGGCAUUCAAAGAAGCUGUUAGCCUCAAGCUUCUUUUCUUGUCCAAGAACCACUUGAGCAGUGUACCAGUUGGCCUUCCGGUAGACUUACAAGAACUACGAGUUGAUGAAAACCGAAUUGCCAUCAUAUCGGACAUGGCCUUUCAGAAUCUUACAAGCUUGGAACGUCUUAUAGUAGAUGGCAACCUCCUUACUAACAAAGGAAUUGCAAACGGCACUUUCAGCCACUUAUCCAAACUCAAGGAAUUCUCUAUAGUACGGAAUUCACUAACGUACCCUCCCCCCGAACUCCCAGGUACAAAUCUACUGAGGCUUUAUCUACAGGAUAACCAGAUAUCACACAUACCACUUUCAGCCUUUUCCAACCUCCCCCAGCUGGAGCGACUUGAUAUCUCCAACAAUCAGCUCCGGAUGCUGUCCAGAGGUGUCUUUGACAACCUUCACAACCUGAAGCAACUCACGGCAAGGAAUAAUCCCUGGCUAUGUGAUUGCAGUAUUAAAUGGGUCACUGAAUGGCUCAAGUUGAUUCCCUCUUCCAUCAACGUUCGUGGAUUCAUGUGUCAGGGACCAGAACAUGUCCGAGGGAUGGCAGUCAGGGAACUCAACAUGAAUAUGUUGUCAUGCCCCACCACCACCCCUGAUUUGUCAUUGGUUACCCAAGCUCCCACAACAUUCCUGCCAACUACAGUUGCCCCUACUUCAUCAGUCCUAACCCCAAGUAACAAAAACUCCCCUCUGUCCCCUGUUGUAUCCACACUUCCCACUGUGCCUGAGAAGAACGUUGAAGAAAAAGUGACCCCUCCCAUGUUUGAACGGUUUCAACUCUCCAUCCAUGUUGUGAAUGACACUUGCAUCCAAGUUAGCUGGCAGACCCUUUAUUAUGUAAUGUAUAAACUUACCUGGGUUAAAAUGGGUCACAGUCUGGAAGGAGGCAUUAUUCAGGAACGGAUAGUUCAUGAUGAGGGGCAAAACGUAAGCUUGACAAACCUAGAGCCCAAAUCCACCUAUCGGAUUUGCUUGGUUCCCUUGGACGAUUUUAAUAAUUACCGAACUGGUGAGGACACUGUCUGUUCUGAAGGUACCACCAGUGCUUCCCUGCUAAGCAAUGGAAGCAACACCGCUUCCAGCCACGAGCAAACGACAUCCCAUAGUAUUGGCUCCCCAUUUUUGUUGGCAGGCUUAAUUGGGGGGGCUGUGGUGUUUGUGCUCGUGGUUCUGCUCAGCAUCUUUUGCUGGCAUAUGCACAAAAAGGGGCGCUACACCUCUCAGAAGUGGAAAUACAACCGGGGCCGACGGAAAGAUGACUACUGUGAGGCGGGGACCAAGAAGGAUAACUCCAUCCUGGAGAUGACCGAAACCAGCUUUCAGAUUGUCUCCUUAAAUAAUGAUCAGCUCCUUAAAGGAGAUUUCAGACUGCAGCCCAUUUAUACCCCGAAUGGGGGCAUUAACUACACAGACUGCCACAUCCCUAACAGUAUGCGAUAUUGCAACAGUGGUGUCUCAGACCUGGAGCACUGCCAUACGUGAUAAUGAGGGAUGGCGAGACCCUACCAACUAGGAGCAAAAACUUGGAGGAAACGGAAUAAACCUACUCUCUCACACACACAAAUUACAUUUGAUAAAUGUUACACAGAUGCGUUUGUGCAUUUGAAUACUCUGUAAUUUAUAUGGUGUACUAUAUAAUGGGAUUUAGAAAAAAAGUGCUAUCUUUUCUAUUUCAAGUUAAUUGCAAACAGUUUUGUAACUCUUUGCUUUUUAAAUCUUUAAAAAAAUAUAUUGCUGAAGUACUGUACAGGGUUGUACAAUAAGAACCCAAUGCCAUGGCAAAAGAAAAGGAUGCCUCAUUCUUCAAACAUUAACCACUUUUGCUUUUGGAGCUCUCUGAGGGAUUCCGGUUCUAACACCUGCUAGUUCACAUUCAAAGAUGAAGCAGUAGGAAUAUCUAAACUAGACAGCUAGACAGAAUGAAAGGAGGGAUAUAACUUAAAACUAUUAUGAGGAUCAUAAAAUUAGAGAAAGUCAUGUUAAAACUGUGUUGCUCACUUUGACCUGACUUUGUGGUACCAAAUUGAAGGGGAAGAAGAAAAGGGACUUUGGGAUAUCAAACACGCUGAACCGCCACGGUUCCUCUUACCGUUAUCCUUCUUCACACAAGCUGGCAUGAAAAUUUUCAAGGCUUUCACAUUUUCAUAAAAUUAGGAUUUUUUCUUAAAAAAACCCGACCAGCUUUUUGUAAUAAGGAUUCUCAUUUCCCAUCCAGAACCUUCCCUUCUAUUUUCUCUUAAAAGCACACUUCUGUACCCCAGUCUGGCCAAAUUAAUGAAUGCAAUUCGUUCCAGUAGUCCGAGUAGAGAUGAUAGGUAGGCCAGAGUCGCAAGCAAUAUUGAUAUUCGAAUAGCCGAAAGUGUAAAGUCAAUGAAAGUUUUCCCUUUGCUGUUUCUCAAUUUCACAUCCAUCCUUGGCUAAUUGAAUUACUUAAAUUAGAUUUAUCUCCAUGAGGAAAAAAAUGAACUCCUUUGAGCAUAAAAGUUACUGAACUCUUCCAAAUGACGUGUUCUGAACUUUUCCAUGGAGACAGUGCCACCCUUCCAAGUUAAAUUUAAGCUGGAUGGAGGAUAGGGCAUGAAGAAAAAAAUGACCUCAAAAUACUGGCAUGCGUCCCACCACUAUUGGACCAAGAGCCACUUAAGUUGGAGGAAGGGUCUUUAGGCUGGAGGAAUGUCCUCCAACUGAAGGUUAGAUGAAUGGUUAGAUGAAUGUCAAUAUGUGAGAGGAUAAAUGCCAAUAUGUAAGCCCAUUCUGGCCCUCUGAUCGUCUACUGUUGUCAAAACAACUUGUGUUUAACUUUGGAUGCUACAUGAAUGUUCAUGAUUUUGUUUCCUUUCAUCAUUCAUCUGAUAUUUGUGAUGCACAGGGCCUAUCUUUUUGAAAAAAAAUUGACUCCCCUUAAUUGCUGAGAGAGUUGUGUAGGAGAUAUGAAACUAUACCCUGCCAGUUCUUCAUAGCACGUAACAGUACGGAGCAUUCCAAUGCAGUUUGUAAUGUUUCACAGAAUGCUAUCUAGCUGUAGUAACACUCCCCUCCACCCCUGUAGAAAAGCAGGGUUCUGCAAACAGUUGCUUGCAGAAACAGGCCGGGAGAUCAUGUACGGCUCUCUCUUGCUAUUUGCAAAGCAACCUGUGUUGGAGGGCUUUUAUAACCACCAAGUACAGCACCUAUAUGAUGUGGUGAACUGUUCCUCAUCUCAUACUUGUGCUUGCUUGAGUCACUUUUCUGUUUCUUCUUUUCUAAUCUGGCUUCUAUUUACUUCAAUGGUUUUGUAGAUAAGAUCCCUGAUGAGCGUGUGAGAGCAGAACUCACCAUUAUCAGCUCACAGACAUAUGCACAUAAAAUUUAUAUGACUUGGUUUCCUUGAUUUACCGAAGGGGGAAAACAACAACAAAAUCCUUCCUAACAUCAAAAGAGCCUGCACAAGUUGUUUCCAAUAAAAAUUGAGGUGUUUUAAUAAAGGAUUAAAGAAAAUCAUUUUGUAAAAUCGGGAUUACUCAAGAUGUUUGGUCUGAGGGAGAGUCAUUGCUCUCACUUUAUGCAUUUUAGUUUCUCAAUCCUGUACUCACAAAAUGUAGUCUGGCACGCAACUUUUUUUUCCAUUGCUUGAGAACAUUCAUUCUCUACACUGAGGAGAUGGAUCAGCACUUUGGUGUAACAUGGCAGAGUACAAUCAUUUCCUGAGGGAUUAUGUCCUUUCCCACCUGACAUGUUUUAUAACCACAUUUUGGAUUUCCAUUCUAUAUUCUGUAUAUUUGCUAUUUUCUCCAGCUAUAACAGGUAUUUUAGGCAACCUGUGUGGCUACUGUAAUAGUGAAGUCACUGAACCUUUGCUAAAUAAAAGGCUGCCAUAUGGUUUGAAA